AUAUAAUGAAAUAUGCGCACUCUUAUCUUUAUAUCUUAGUAAACUUAAGCAAUAUGAAGGCCACGAUCUUGUGUAUAACUCUUCUUAUUGUAGCUGUUGCAUCUGAGAGGUGUACAUUUUUCCACCAUGAAUGUAGUGGGACCACCUGCACAGACGGUGCUCCUCACUGUGUUUUAGGCCAGUGUAGAUGUACACACAAUACAUUCAAAGCAUGCACAUCAGCCUCUGACUGUACAGAACAUUGUCUGGCCUUCGGUGACCAACACUGCGUAGAUGGGGAGUGCCAUUGCCCAUUUGAUAACUUGAUUCCUGGCGGAAGAUAAACAACACCAGUAGUUAGUUAUUUUAUAAGAAUGUAUUUUUGAAAUAAAAUUUACCGGGUUUUAAUAA